AAGGUUUGUUGACAACCUUCAAAAAAGCAUGCAAUCUUAGUGAAAAACACAUCAGUUCCUAUCGCUGUCAUUUGUCACUCAAUCUGAACUAUGGGCCCAAAGAAAGGGAGUGGCAAGGGCGGUGCCAAAGGAUCAGCCGCCUCAGGGGGUGAUAAAGAGGGCGGCAAGAAGGAGAAAGGCGGGGGGAGUAAUAGCGUGAAUGUGCGGCAUAUUCUGUGUGAGAAACAGUCCAAAAGUCUGGAAGCCUUGGAGAAGUUGAAAGCCGGGCAAAAGUUCAACGAGGUGGCCGCCACCUACAGUGAGGACAAGGCCAGAUCCGGUGGCUCAUUGGGCUGGAUGAUCCGUGGAUCCAUGGUGGGACCAUUCCAAGAUGCGGCUUUUGCCUUGCCCGUGUCCUCUUUAGGCAAUCCUGUAUAUACAGAUCCGCCCGUCAAGACCAAAUUCGGAUAUCAUAUCAUUAUGGUCGAGGGCAAGAAAUGAGAUUGGUCCGGCUUGUUACAACCCAUGAAACUGGGCUUUGAAUUUGAUAAAACCUUGUUCAUUAAACGACCUUUGACUUCGCUUA